GGCCCGGGUAUGCGUUUCACUGCAAUGUUGUUGGCGUUGUUCGCGUGUUUUUUCUUUUCUUUUCUUUUUUUUUCAAAUCCAUUACGUCAUAGCCGUAGCAAUAGGCACUAUAGGGGCUUUACUCUGUUCAAACCGGAUGCACUGCCAUCUUGCAAGACUGCAUUCACGUGGCAUCAUAACACACAGAAAGGAAAGGAACGUAAAGAUAGAGGUGGGUUUUAGUGUCAUCAAAAACCACUAGUAG